GUCACGCGCGCGCGCGCAGGUCACGUGUUCACCGUGGCGAGGCGCAGCAGAAGCAGCCAAGAUGGACGCGGGCUUCUUCAGGGGAACGAGUGCCGACCAGGACAAUCGCUUCUGCAACAAGCAGAAGAAGCUCAUGAAGCAAAUGAAAUUUGCCGAAGGACUGGAGAAAAAGGUUGACAUGACCAAGGUGAACCUGGAGACCAUCAAGCCGUGGAUCACGCAGAAGAUCACACAGAUGCUCGGCUUUGAGGACGACGUCGUAAUUGAGUUCGUCUUCAAUCAGCUGGAGGAGAAGAACCCCGACGGGCGCCUGAUGCAGAUCAACCUCACGGGGUUUCUCAACGGCAAGAACGCGCGGCUCUUCGUGGGCGAGCUGUGGCCGCUGCUGCUGAGCGCGCAGGAGAACAUCGCCGGUAUCCCCUCCAUCUUCCUCGAACAGAAGAAAGAGGAGAUCAAGCAGAGACAGCUGGAACAGGAGAAGCUGGCAGCUCUGAAGAUGAAGGAGGAGGCGCUGGCGGAGAAAAGGGAGGAGGAGAGGAAGGCGCGGGAGCGCUCCAAGUCCCCUCGUCGGAGCGGCCCCACAAGGCGCCGCUCCCACUCUCGCUCCCCACGCCGUCGCGACCGCCGUCGCUCCUCCUCCUCGGCCUCCCCGUCCCCGUCACGGGCGCCGUCCCACGCCCCCUCGCACCACCCCCACGCCGCUCUUCUGGAGGCCGCCAACGCAGCCGCCGCCGCCGCGCAGCCGACCCCGGCGCCGGCCGCGACGCCGGUGUCGGCCGUGCCCAACCUCGCGCAGCUGUCGGCGCUGGCGCACGCGCUGGGGCAGAUGAGCCACCCGCCGGCGGGCACUCACCAUGGAGACUCGCCCCCGGCGCUACCCGAUCAGUCGGCGGCGCACCACGGUCUGGCGGCAUCGUCGCCGGUCCCCGAGGUCACCUCCACCACCAGCGAGGUGAUGAGGCUGGAGGCGGCGGCGCUGGCGGGGGGAGUGGAGGUGGGAAUGACGGCGGUGCCGCCCCCGUCGCUGCCCGCGAAGAAGCAGCAGGAGGUGGAGGCGGCCGACUCGGAGGGCGAAGCGCGCGCCGCUCGCGGCAAGGACCGGCGCCGCUCGCGCUCGCGCUCACACUCCCGACGGCGCCCGCACCACCGCUCCCGCUCGCGGUCGCGUUCGCGGCGCCGGUCGUCGCCGACGCGUCGCCGCAGCUCGCCUCACCGCAUGCGCCGAGCCAGCCCCCGGCGCCACCGCCACCCGUCGCCGUCUCACCACCACUCCUCGUCCUCGCGCCGGCGCUCACGCUCCCGCGGACGGCGCUCCUCCCCCCGGCCGCGCACGCAUAAAUCCCGGUCUCGAUCCUUCAGUGCCUCCUCACCACGCCGGCGCCACUCACAUCGGUCGGCACCUCACCGGACGCGCCACCCUCACCGCUCCCACUCUCCUCAUCCAGACGUGAAGCGGCACGGAGGAGGCCGCUCCUUGUCCAAGUCUCCCAAGGCUGGAUCCUCCGACUCUGACGAGGAGAGGAAGGGGACGAACCCGGACUCGGUGCAGACCCGGCGCCAGUACCGACGCCAGAACCAGGACUCGAGCUCCGACUCGUCUCCGUCAUCGUCCUCGGAGGAGGAGGAGGCGGCGGCGGUGGCAGUGGUGAAGGUGGCGGAGAAGGAGGUGGUGCAUCCCCACCCAUCCCCCCCGCGUCGCCCGCGGCACAGGGACCACUCGCCGCCCAGGGCGCCACUGGUGGAAGCCCACCCCCCACCGCACCCACCAAGGCGGCGCCGCAGCGGCUCCCCCGGACGUCGUAGGCGCUCGCCCUCCCCUCGGCGCCGUCGCAGCCCGUCGCCGCACGCCCACCGCAGGUCCCCAUCUCCGGGCCACCGUCACCGCUCCCCCGCCGUGCGCCGCCGCCCCUCGCCCCCCUCCCCGCCUCCCCCUCGGCCCAAGCGCCGCUCCUCCGGGUCCCCCCCGCCGCCCCCCCGCCGCCGCGCCCCCUCCCACUCCCCUUCGCCGCCGCCCCCCCCCAGGGCCAAGCGCCGCGCCUCCCCCUCCCCGUCCCCCGUGCCCCCCCAGCGCAUCAAGCGGCGGCAGGGGUCCGCCUCGCCCCCCGCCGCGAGACGCGGGGCGUCCCCCCCGGCCCCUCCCCCGCGGCGCGAGGCCUCUCUCUCGGGGUCCCCCUCCCCUCCCCCGAGCCCCCCGCCCCAAGCGAAGAAGGGGGGGCCCGCGAGGUCCCCCUCCCCCAGGCCCCUCCCGCGCCGCCCCGCGUCCGCGAGCCCCCCCCCGCCCCCGCGACGCAGGGACCGGGCGUCACCGUCGCCCGGGCCGGAGAGGGGGUCCGCCGACAGGGGGAGCCCCUCCCCCCCGCCCGCGCCCCCCCCCGUCAAGACCCGCGCCCGCUGGGACGCCCGCCCGGCGGCCCCUCCCCUCGACGGGGCCGCGGGGGAGAAGCCGGCGGAGGAGCGGCGGGCGGCACCGGCGCCCGCCCCGCCCGACACGCGCGGCGAGGCGACGCGCGCGGGGGUGAAGCGACCGGCGGAGCGCUCUGCGUCUCCCUCCGCCUCGCGCUCCCCCUCUCACUCGCCCUCGCGCUCUGGCAGCGAGCCCCCCGCAACCGCCCGGGCCCCCCCCCACGCCUUGGCGUCCCCUCCACACGUGGACCACGACGACUCCCACAGCGCAUCCCCUGACCAGGUGUCGGACGGCGAGUCCAAGAAAAAGAAGAAGAAAAAGGAGAAGAAGCAGCACAAGAAGGAGAAGAAGCACCGCAAACACAAGAAGCAUCGCAAGGAGCGCGGCGACCUGGCCCCCGAGGCUGGGCGGGGGCGGCACGACUCAGGAGGGCUCGACGACCUGGAGCGGGCCCUGAGGGAGAAGGCUCUCGAGUCAAUGCGCAAAUCGGCCGCCCAGGCCACGUCCUGACCGCACAGCCAGCGGCACACCCCCCCUCCCCCCCCCCCCCCUCCCACCACCAACUCCCCUCCAGUGCGGCACACUCCCCCGCGGCACACCCAGCUCCCGGUAACACGGAGAGAGAGCCGUGCGUGCGAUCCGACGCACCCACGGGAUACGAAACCACCCGGCACUGGCAGAGGCACGAGACGUGUCGCAUGUGAGCCGGCCAGUUGCACACUGCUGCACAGCGCACCACUCCAUACCUUGCACACCACACCGAGCGCACCACACCGCUAACCACACCACUAGAACUCACCGAGUCCACCAUCCCGCUACAACUCGCUGAGCACACCGCUAAACCACACUGAGCGGACCAAACCGCUACACCACACUUCGUACGCCGCACCACUACACCACACUGACCACACCAAACCAACUCGCUUCGCCACACCACACCAACUCACGGAGCGCACCACACCGCGACACCACACUGAGCAAAGCCCACAGCUGCACAAUGCAAUGACCACGUCACACCACAAUGAGCGAGUAACUAUUCCGUAAACAUAGGGCUCCAUACUGUGCACACGCAGCGCACCACACCACGCAUAAGGCACCGUGCACAUCACACACACGCGGAGUGCACGACACACACACACACCCGUGUAUCUCUGCGACGCUGGUGCCCGUUGUUGUAAUCAAGAGAAAUAACACGGGUUACGUGCACAUGACGUUUUGUCUGCUGGGCUGAUUUCUUUAUCUGUAUAAAUGUCUCUUCGUCGAGGUGCAACCGCCGUUAGCAAAACAGAUGCCGUCGUUAAUUCUCACGCCCGCGGCUACCGCUUGUGUUGCGCCGGCGGUCGCGUUACCGUAGCGCUUUGCGUGUUGGGUUUUUGCGUUGGAGGGAGAGCGGUAGUCCUGGGGAGUCUCGCAGGGACAGGCCGAGGGUGCGAAUCGGACUCUCGGCCGUUGAGGUCGAGUCGAGGCCCCUCCCGAGUUGUUUCAUCAAAGGAGGGGGGUGGUGGGGAAGGAGGCGAGCGUUGGGGGCUUUAAUAAAAUCGCGGCGGAGGGGGGGGGGCGGGGUCUAUCCGGAUAGGCGGCUGCCCGUGCACCUCUUCACCACGCCUGUGGUGAAGACUGGCUCAAGUGCCACCUACCCCCAGUUGCCUGGAAAAUAUCGAGCGAGAAAUGGGAAGCCCUGAGGCGAAGGGGACCCGGUGUGUGACAGGCCGUGUCACGGGAUGGAUUUGCGUUGUAAUUUGUAGCUGGCGGCAUGCGGCGGCAGGAUGAGGAGGGGAGGGGGGUGGGGUGCUCUGUGGCCCCUCAGGCCCUUCCGCCCCCCCCCCCAGGGCUUUAGCUCCCCCUGAUUGGCAGGAGCGUCCACCCAGCGCUGUCCCCACCACGAGCCAGGGGCGGUGCGUUCGCGAGGCUUGGGGGUCUGUUGGGGGUCUGGCUCCGUACUCGAGCAAGAGGCUCCUGCCGCUGCUCGGGAUCCAGCUUCCCCGCCCCCCCGAGAGUGACCGGGCCUCGGCGACCUUGGCUGCUUUGAGCUCGCGCCUUUCCGAAUGUAAAUGACGCAGACUCGGUGAGUUGUUGAUUUGAUUUUUUUUUUCAAAACUUGUGGACAUUCGGCAAAAUAAAUAGGUUUCAUUUAAG